AGUAGUUUGGUACGUCACACCGUCUGGCGGGUUAUUAUUAUUAUUAUUAUUAAUAAUAAUAAUAAUAUUAUUCAAUAGUCAUUUGCAUUUGGUUUGGUUCUGUCGGCGGCUGACCGCGUCGAGGAGCCCCUUUUUCGAAGGCUGCCUGUUUUUUUCUUCUAUUCUCUUCGCUCCCCCUCUCGCGGUUUUCGUUGAUGUCACCCAACGAAUGAGCGUUGGCGGCAGACGUCGGAACUCGAACGCGUUGGGUGUCGCAGCGGCCUUUCAUCUCGUAUUGCUUUUAGUGGUUUUGUGGUGACUGUUUUUGGCUCAUUUUUUCCUUUCGGUGUACCGCGACUGCCUGUUAAACGUAUUCACAUUCCCUAAAAAAAAGGGAACGGGGAAAAACACGAUGGCUGACCGCAGCGUCGAUGCUCCUCGUGUGGCGCACAGCGCCGCCGCCACCAUGGAGGAAGUUGCCCUUUGCCUCUUUCGCCUCCUGCGCAGCCCUCCGCUGUCCCUCGCCACCUUGGUGCGGACCGGCCUCCUCAGCGAGGAAGACGUGGACGGACGUCGCACGCUGACUUCCGCGGUGCCAGCGUACUCCCCCAACACGGCUGCCCACGACGGCGAACCACAGCCGUUCCCUACCGCCUCAGCCUUCACCCCUCGUGCUGCAGCAGGUGAGAACGCCGCCCUGCCUGCUGCCCCGCCUGCCUCACCGGUUCCCGCCUCUGCUCCGGCGAUGUCCUCAGCGGGGGAUGUGAGCAGUCCCACCCGUCACAAUGGCCGUACAAUCACUGUAUUGUCGCCUCUCGGCCAGCACAUCGAGGCUGCCGCGCAAAACCUCUCCCCACGACCUGUGCGCGCUAUUGCAAACGCGCCUGGGUCGCCCGUGACUGCCUCUGCCCUCUCUGUGGGCUCUCCCACAGCAGCCACAGCCAGCACUCUCCGCGUGGCGCGCCUCUCCGCCGAGGCCGUCGCCCACCGGCUCGCCGACCUUUACGCCCACCACCCACCCUACGCCCUGCAGGAGUGGCUCUGCGCGGAGGCCACGCGGCUGGGCUGCCCUACGUAUCAAGAUCCCCUCUCGAACGACAUCAUCGCCACCGCUGCGGCACUGCAGCAACGCGAGGAGCUGGUGGAUCUCUACAUCCACUUGUACGAGUCAACGGAUCCGACGCGGAUGGUGACUGCACAGGGCAGGAAGGAGGAGGAAGACCAUGCGGCGGUGGCCUGGCGUCGCCGUCUGCACCUGCUCAUGGGCUGCCAUCACCAGCGGGAGCGCCACUGUCCUCACCGCUCCCUCGAUGGGCUUCCACGAUCUUCUGUGAGUCGCAACGUGCCCUUGUCGACGACGCAAAUCGCUGCGGCGGCGGCAGCCGAAUAUAGGACGUCGUUGCUGUUGCCGCAACAGCAGAGUCGCAGUCGCAGUCGAUCACGAAAGGAAGCAUCGGUGGGAUUCAACUUUGUGCAGCAGCUGCUGUGCAACACACCGAAGCGGCAUCGUGCGAAGCGCCAUGGGCACGGCGACGGCUACGAUGCGUCAGCGGAUGACGACACCGCACUCGAUAGGCCGAGCGUACGUACCGAGAACACCAGCGACCAUGGAGCUUUGAAGGGGGCCACCGUCACCUUCGUGCGGCGCAACGCCGACACCGCCGCCGCAGCCACCACUGCGAAGGUCACUGGUGCUGCGAUUACGAAGAACACCAGCGACGACGGUGCUGCGAACUGUGUGUCCAACGCAGAGGUGGUUCAUCCAGAAAUGGAACAGACACACGCAGCAGCAGCAGCAGCAGCAGCAGACGAGGUGAGCCGCAGCGAUGCCCCGCAACGCCGGCCUCUACCGAUGGUGACGUCCUUGGACUGCAUGAUUGGUGUGGAGCACAUCGAAGUUGCACCAGACACCACCUCUGCAGCCGUCGUAGGUCUAAGGAAAAGCGAAGAUGGUGACGCGCUGUCUGCAGUUGCGGUUCCCAUCCGUCGCGGUCCGCGCAUCCGCCUGCAUCGAGCACCCGCGUCUCGUGUGACCGCCGCGACGCAAAGCUCCGCUGCUGCUGUUGCUGAUGUCCCUCCCCCUCACGGUCAGACGGGCAGCGGUGCAGGCGACCUCGGCGAAGGGGCGGAUCACGCCACCGCGUUACCGCACCGCACACGCCGUCACCAUCGCCACUCCGACCACGCGAGCGACGUGAGUAGCAGCAGUAGCAGCUCUGUCAGUCUCGCGGUCGUCGGCGAGGACGGCGAGGGCGAGCUGUCGCUGUCGGAGAAUGAGGAGAGCGACAUCGAUGAGGACUAUGAAGACGAUGCGGGGGAAAGCGGGUCCGCGGAUGCUGACAACGCCGUUCACAUCAACGAGCCGCGAGAACAGAAGAAAGAAGGUCAAGAAGGAGGUCCGCGAGCGAACGUUCAAGGGCAGGGAAUCAGCCGGAGAGGUCGACCGGCGCAGCUGUACGCUGCCACCGCCGCCGCGUCCACCACCACCACGGUGGACUUCAUGACGAGUCGCAGCGGCGGGCUCCUCCGCGCGGCACCGGUGGCGCCGCGGACCGGCACGUCUGCUGUUGCGCCGGUGUCGGACGGCAACCCUCACGUCCCACAGCUCAAAUCAAGAAGUGGGAAGGACGUAGCAGACGAUGGUGAGGCAGCGGUGGUGCCGUCUGCGUCGACUCAGCGGCUUUCUGCCCUUCACCCCGAUGCGUUAUCAGGCCACGCAAACAACUCGAAUCCGUUACUCGCCGGCUACACGUUGACGCGACCCUUCACUCUUGCGGAGCUCCCACCUGCGGCGGCGCAGGGAGUGCUGAGCCUUCCCUAUUACGCCAAGGCGCACGAGCUGAACCGUCUCGCCGGACUGCGCGGUCGUACCUGUUACCAGGACCCCUACACCCACUGCUUAAUACUGUCCUCGUACUUCUUAGAGCGCCUCCCGCACUGCUACGGGGAGUACUGCCGGCACUGUCCGCAUGGGGAGGUGUGUCAGCGACGUCAGCUGCGCCCGCGACACCACCACCGUCACCGCCAUCAUCAUCAUCGUCAUCAUCCGUGGCGUAUUGUGAAGGCGACGGCGCAGACGCGUGAAAACGAGUGGGCUGCGCGGGGUGGGAUUCGCGUGGACAGCAUGGACAAUAGGAAUAGCGGCAGCAAUAGCAACAGCAGCAGCAGCAGCAGGAGUGACACUUCACUGGAGGAUGACGACGAUGACGUGGAUGAUCCCGAGACGAUCCGCUUCUUCGAGCAACUCGACGCGGCGGAUGGCAGCGGCGCCACCGCCACCGUCACAGCAACAGGGGUGGGUAGGCAGCCACUGUUGUCUGCGCCCAAGGCCGUCACCGGCGCUGUGGAUUCCAACGUCGAUUGGAUAGCACUGCGUCCCCUGUCCUCCUACACCACCCCGUCGUCCUCCGCGGCUUCCUCGUCGUCGUCUGCGAGUGCGUCUUCCUUCUCAGACGAGGAGGGAGAUCAGGACGAGCAGCACCGGCAUCAUCUGCUUCGCGCCGCCGCGCUGUACUCUUUCGAAGCAAUCUUCUCCGGCAACACCGCCGGGGUCGUGGUAGAAGCGAACUCCCUGCGUGACUUGCUGUGUUGGGGUGUUGAUGGUGGUGGAACAGCCGUUGGUUCUGCUGAUCCGGGCGCAGCUAUGUCCUCCCAUAAAUACAACAACGGUGGUAAUGGAGUUGUGGAGCUGCCCACGCCCGCAACGGAUACUGUUCUGGCAAGGGCAGUAGAGAGGCGGGUGCACGACGCCGAUGCGGUGGUGGCGGCGGGGGAGGCGCUGCUGCGACGUCAUGAAGCCUCCCUGGAGCACUUGAGCUACUUGGAUUACUCUGCGCUGUAG